ACAGAGACUUGUCAUCAUGGCUAUCUUCUGACCGGGUCCCAAGGGAGAAUGGGAGAAUGUUCAUUUUUUAUCCAUGAAGCACUGUUAGGUUGCAAUCUACCCCUGUAUUCAGAGGAGUCUACGAGUAGCUCCAACGCCGCGCGCGGAAUCGCUAAGCUUGUGCACGCCACUGGUAAGCAGUGGGUGUGUACAUGACAGCUCCUACCUAUUAGUGUAAACGCCGAGCCCGGAGCCUGUGUACCAUAAGGCUGAAGUGCAGAAAGAAUAAAGAUGGAAGGAGCGGGGUCCUUUGGAGCUGGCAGAGCUGGAGGGGCUUUCGACCCUGUCGCCUUUGUUAAACAGCCACAGACUAUCCUUAGAAUAUUGUCGUGGAUCUUCUCCAUGGUGGUGUUCGGCUCCAUAGUCAAUGAAGGCUACAUUAACAGUGGGAGUGAAAGACUACACUGCAUUUUCAACAAGAACAACGAUGCCUGCAACUAUGGGAUUACCAUUGGAGUCAUUGCAUUUCUCGCUACCGUAUUGUUCUUUGCCUUGGACAUUUACUUCCCACAGAUAAGCAGCGUUAAAGACAGGAAGAAGGCUGUCCUGUUGGAGAUGGGCUUUUCAGGUUUCUGGACAUUCCUGUGGUUUGUUGGAUUCUGCUUCCUGGCCAAUCAGUGGCAGCGCACCUCCCCCAGAGAGCUGCCCCUGAAUCAGGGUGCAGACGCUGCCAGGGCCGCUAUAGCGUUCUCAUUUUUCUCCAUCAUCACCUGGGCUGCGCUGACUGUGAGGGCUGUGCAGAAGUACCUGCUGGGCACAGACAUGACCCUUUUCACCACGGACCACCUCGACGGAAACCCCACCAUCCAGCCCUAUCCCACCGGCACGGAGACCACCGAAACCUACCAGAGCCCACCUUUCACCGAGAACCUCCAGACCAGCCCCAAGGGCUACCAGGUGCCAACUUACUAGAUUGGUGCUGAUUGAGCAAGUGUGUCGUUAUCAGAAAAGAAAACAAAAAAGAGAAUAAUGCAUCUGAUCUAUGUGCGGUACAGUGCUGUUUCACUGGCUGGAUGUCUACAGUUGACCCCAUGAAGUCAGUUUCUUUAUGUAGCUUCCGACUGACCUCGGACAGCGUACUAGUGUUCAUAGGUAGUUGUGCUGUGACCUUCUGUACAGGAGCAGUCUGUUGGUUCUACUUUCAUGUAUGUCCUGAUAGGUGGGUAGCUAGGGAGGCCCUAGCUAUGUCUUAAGUAGUGGUAAAACACAAUCAAACGUGUUUCUGCUAUAGAAACAGUGAGUGGUCAGAUAUGGUUCCAUAUACAUUUAUGUUUUCCUGAGGCUCCUCCCUGUGUUAUUUCUGUCAGACUUUCCUCCUUUUCCUUUGGUUUAUACAGGGAAUUGGAGCAUCAUGUGUUCAUAUUUAAUAUCAUAUGUUCAGUUUGAUUUAAUUCCAUUCAAGUGCAUUGAUAGUGUCCCUGAUAGUGAGCUUCAUUUGAAAAGAGAAAAGAAGAGUAAAAAGUAAUCAAGCAAUUACUUUACAGUAUUACAUUUAUUAAAACACUGAGAAAUAAAAAUGUAUUUUUGUUAUUUCAAGGGGCCAAACAAAAACAUUGCAUUGUUUGCAUUGGGAAUGGAUUAUAUUACAAGUUCCAGUAUUAAAAAUGAAUACUGUGCCAUAAAUUACGGAUAAUGAUUUGAAAGUACUUGAUUCCUUUAUGCUGUAAAUUCAAACACUUGCAAAUGAAAAAAUGCAAAUGAACCAUAAAACAGCUAAAAGAUCAACAGAAAGUUACUAUAUAAUGAGUGUUCUAAUUAAAUAUCUUUUCUUAUUAUAAGCUGUCAAACUUUGUAUUGCAGUCAUUUUUGUCAAGCCAAGUGUUGUCUUCGGGUACAUUUUGAACUUGUCUUCAGUAAGAGCACUGCGUAAAAAUGUAAUGCAGCUUAAAGAUGCCCCAUUGUAGAUAGCUCUGUUCAGUGUUUUAAUGAUGAUUCAUAUACUCCUUGUGAUACAAGCCAAUGGCCUGUCUGGUUUGUAAAAGUUUAUGUAUUACUGUAGGUAUUCUAGGUCUGUAUAAAAGAAAAAAGAUUAUCAAGAGCAAGUGGUACCCCUUUCUACUGUAAGUAGACGUAGGAUCUUGGUAGAAUGCAGUAUAUUAAAGGUUGUCACAUUCAAUGGUGUUACAAAGUGAAAACUUUACCUGUGUGAGUGUAAGCACACAAUGCCUACAUUGUAUUGCAUACCACUUUUUAACCAAUGGUACUCUUUAGAGAUCCUCCCGAUCUUCAGGAUCAUCAGCCUUGGAAACCCUCAAGGGAAAAAUCCAUGGCAGUGGUCCCAACCUUCUGCAUCAAAUAUAAGAUUAGAAGCAGCAUACUGCACUGAUUGCAUCCGAUAUUGAAAUUGAAAGCUAAUUAGUUAUGAACAGUACUGUACAUGACUAAUAACACUUUUUAAAAUAUCACAUUUGUUUUUACUUUUCUGGUAGCAUUUAAUCUCAAACUGGUGAUAUAUGUACAUUCCAUGGAAACACCUAGCAAUAUCAUUAACUCGUCAUAUUUCAGUUUGUCAUUUUAUACUGUAAAUCAUAAAUUCAAGUAUUGUUUUAUGCCUCAAAAUGAUGUCAAAAUAAGAUUAUUUUAUAUUUGGUCCUUGUGAAUGUAUCAUGGUUCCAAAGCUACUGUUUGUAUUAUCAAAUCAAAGCUAUACACUUUAAGAUAUGUCAUGGUCUUUAACUAUCUCUUUAUUUAAUUUUUUUAUUACAACUGUAUAUCUGACCUUGCAAGCUGCUGGUUGGGUACCACUGGUUAAAUGUAAAUGUGAUUGAUGAAUAAUGGAUCGCAGUGUGUAAUAACUUUCAUUCGAACAGAACAGAAAACAAUGCAAUGGAAAAAUAAACAGAAAAUUGAGAAUAACAAUGGAAAUUGAGAAGUAUUGUGACAUUACAAUAUACUGUAUGCUCAGUUAGACUCAGUUAUAACUGAUUUUGCAAUCCAAAGGACUGUUUGUCCAAAGCAGGUGGGGUGCUGCUUUUGUACACCUGUGUGUGUCCUCUGCCUUGUUUCAGAAAAUGUCUUAAAUGUAACUUGCUGUAUACAUGAAAAUGGAAGAUAAUGAGAUAAAAUAAUCAUGGAUAAAAUGUGGACCUCCCAAGCAAUGAAUCCAGCUAAAGCUCAUCUUUGAUUCAUUUUUUUAAUCAAAUCAUCACCGUGCUGUGGAGCAGUGCACAAUUGGCUAAAGAGCAACACAGGGUUUUCCUAACCUUUUCCCACAAUAGUAGCUCUUCAGGUACCUCGAGUCUGCCUGUGUCAUCUGCACAGGAGUGCUGUAUCUGUGCAUAUGAUUGACCGCAGUGAAAAGGCGUUGGCUGGCAGUAAGUUCUUUCAACCUACUGCCGCAAUGCUUGGCAAGGCCCAAAACUGCUGUAUUAUUAAAAAGCUAACUGUAUUCCAGAAGUUCUAGGUGCCAAUGUGAGUAAAACCUACUUUAAAAGAGUUUAUUCUUUAUACAGUAUGAUUUGUAUUUGAGUGUGGGGAAAUGAGCAAGAUGUUCUUUUUGUUCUUCAGAUAAAAUAUAAAUCAGUUAACCUAUGACUGAAUUUAGCUUUAGCAAAUUAAAUUAAUGAUUACAAAAAUAAAACACUAAUGUGAAAUGUCUGAGCUGUGAACUUUUUCACUACCUUAUAACUUUUGAGAUAAUCCUUGAUUGGCAGGGAGUGACAGUUCCUCUUAACAGUUCAUAGUGUAAUCUGUGGUAGCACAUCCCUAAUGUAUCUGUACGCUGUGAAAUAGGGUAAUGUACACAGUGAUAUUGAUUGUAAUUCAGUAUAUCUUAAUGGACUCUGUUGUCUUGUGUUUCCUGUACUGAUAAUGCACUCUCAUUAAAAUACUUGGACCAAUUUUA